AUGCUGAAUUUGUGGAGGUGCCAAUUUCUGCUCCCACUGGCGUCUCUCGGUCUGGUUGUGCUGGCGGGCCUGAUUGGGUUUUGCGCCUGCCUUUGCAGAAGUCUCACUCCCACGUUGGGCAUCGGAGUUCUUCAUCUCUUGGCUGGUCUGUGCACCCUGGCCACAGUGUGCUGCUACCUGGCUGGGAUGGACCUGCUCCACAGGGUGUCGAUGCUUCCUGACAAGGUGGAUGGCUCCCUGGGUUGGUCCCUGUACCUGGCCCUCAUCUCCUCGCCCCUGCACAUGAUGGCUGCCGCGCUGCUGGUGUGGGCAGCGCGCAGUCACAGUCAGAACUACUACCGCAUGACUGCCUACCGGGUGGCGUGAAUAUGUGGUUUCUAUCCCAUCUUAUGUUUUAAAAUCUAGAGUAAAAACCCUAAGGUAUGCUGCAUUCAUU